AAGAGAUCCCAAUCUUUCAACGGGAAGCAAGCAUGGACACACGCGUCCUCGCGAAGGAAGCCGCCCUGGGCAAGAUGCAAGCUACCCUCGGCAAGAUGCAAACGCCGGAUGAAGAGAUGUCGGCGAAGACACCCGCGAAGCAGGCCCUUCAUAUGACCAUUUGCAACAUGGACCUCGUCGACGAGGCCCUUCCGGAGGUGGAACAGGACUCGGAGGACAACGAGCCUGGCCUCGCCCUUCUGUUCAAGUGGAACGAUAUCGACAUGCCAGCGUUCCUCGACGCUGUCAACGCUCCAGCGAGCAGUGGCAACCUUGCCCCCCCGUUCUGGAUGAAGACGCUGCCUCCGAACGUCUCGUUUACUUCGUUCACAAACGAUCUCUUUGAACAGCUCAAGCCCAACGCCGCCGACGACCGCGUGGCGCCGGGGUGGAUUGCACCCAACACCAUUAAAGAAUACGGAGCCAUUUUGGCAGCGCUGCGCGAAGUCGAAGCCGAUCCGUUUAUCCAGGCGGCCAUGGCGGCCGUGCCACUGGACAAUUGCUUGGCCGAGACGUACCACGUGACCUUGAGUCACCACAUCCACCCGAAUGACCGCCACGCCCCACCGACGCCGUUGCGCCGCGUGUUCCUCUAAGCGCGUCGACCAAC